UGAAAAACUCCCCUCCCCAUAUAGUAGGUUUUAUAACUAUUGGCACCUGGUUGGAAUGAUUCCAUGAUUUGAAUGAUGGAGAUCAUAAGGACUUGGAAAACACUUAUUUUCCUUUACACUGUAUUACUCACACUCAUGAUUUACAUUCAUCCCACCAUUUCCCAGCUAGACUUCGCCAAAUCUUCAUGUCAAGACGCCGGCAACAGCAACAUCCUCAACAGCACUUACCAGAAAAAUCUAGAAUCCCUACUUUCGUCCGUGUCCUCGGAUCCCCAGUUGAUAAAUUACGGCUUUUACAAUCUCACAGUCGGAGAGGAGGCAGAGAGAGUGAACGCCAUCGCCCUCUGCAUUGGAGAUACUUCAACAGAAAGAUGCAGGAUUUGCGUGGAUGAAUCGAGUUGGAAGAUUUUAGAGGAUUGCCCUAGCGAGAAUGGCGGAAUCGUGUGGUACAAUCAGUGUUUACUUGGGUACUCGGGCAGUGGGAAUUACGAUUGGGGAAGGGAAUCGAUUUUCAACGGCAAUAAGGCGUCGACGAACCGGGAUAAGUUCGUUGAGGCAGUGAAGAGAUUAAUGGGGAGACUAAGAGUAGAGGCUGCUUUAGGGAAUUCGACGAGGAAAAUGGGGAAAGGGGAGAUAUCGGCGGGGAAUGAAACAGUGUACGGGCUUGUGCAGUGUAUGCCCGAGAUGUCGUCAGGGGAUUGCGACAACUGCAUUGGUGAGGGUUUGGCGCUGAUCUCUGAAGCAAGGAUGGGAGCAAGAAUAUUUAGGGGUGGUUGUGUUUUGCGAUAUGAGAAUUAUAUAUUCUUUAAACCGACUGCUAAUGCCUCUCCCUCCUCAUCGCCUCUACCAGGGCCAACUCCCGGAAGCAAGAGAGGCAAAGGCAAAACUACUGCUAUCAUAGUCAUAAUAGUGUCAAUUCUUUCAAUCGUCAUUCUUUCUAUUGCUAUUUACUUCGUCUUGCUAAUGAAAAGACGAAAAAAAAUACCAUCUGAUGAAAUUCAAAUUAAAGGUAUUGCCUUCCAAGAAGCAACAAGUGAAAUUAGCAACGUGGAGGCAAUUCAAUUUGAUUUCGAGACGAUCAAAGUAGCAACAAAUGAAUUCUCAGAUAAAAAUAAACUUGGACAAGGUGGAUUUGGAGCUGUCUACAGGGGAAAGUUGAGUAAUGGACAAGACAUAGCAGUGAAGAGGCUCUCGAGAGAUUCAAAUCAAGGAGACUUGGAAUUCAAAAAUGAAGUUCUUGUAGUGGCCAAGCUUCAACACAGGAACUUAGUUAAGCUGCUAGGAUUUAGCUUGGAUGGAAAUGAAAGGCUUCUCAUAUAUGAGUUUCUACCAAAUGCCAGCCUUGAUCACUUCAUUUUCGAUAUUGUCAAACGCACACUUUUGGAUUGGAAAACACGGUACAGAAUUAUAAACGGUAUUGCUCGAGGAUUGCUAUACCUCCAUGAAGAUUCCCGCAUUCGAAUCGUUCAUCGUGAUCUUAAAGCUAGCAAUAUUUUGUUGGAUGGACAAAUGAAUCCUAAAAUUGCAGACUUUGGCAUGGCAAGGUUAUUCAAAUUAGACGAGACUCGAUGUCAUACUCAAAAAAUUGUGGGAACGUAUGGUUAUAUGGCUCCCGAAUAUGCAUAUCAUGGAGAAUUCUCACCAAAAUCAGAUGUGUUUAGUUUUGGAGUUCUAAUUCUUGAGAUUAUAAGUGGCGAGAAAAAUAUUGAUUUUUGCAACAAUAACGGAGAGCGAGACGUAGAUCUUUUAAACUUUGCAUGGAAAAGUUGGAGGGAAGGAAAACCUGAAAAUGUAAUAGAUGAGAUACUAAUAUCAGGUACGAACGUUGAAAUGAUAAGAUGUAUUCAAAUUGGAUUGUUAUGUGUUCAAGAGAAUGUGGUGGAUCGACCAACAAUGGCUGCGAUAGUUUUGAUGCUAAACAACUUCCCUAUCACCCUCUCUCUUCCCUCUAAACCUGCCUUCCUUUUGUACAGUACUAAUAACGACGUCUACUCAAAUUCACAUAAUUUCCCAACUGCUACUCUUCCAGCUUCACAAAAUGCGAGACUUCGCGAGAUCUUCAUGUCCAGACGCCGGCAACAACAGCACCCUCCCUAACAACAUUUACUGGAAAAAUCUAGAAACCCUACUUUCAACGGUGUCCUCCGAUCCCCAGUUGAUAAAUUACGGCUUUUACAAUCUGUCGGCUGGAGAGGAGGCAGACAGAGUGAACUCCGUCGCCCUCUGCAUCGGAGAUAUUUCAAUGGAUAUAUGCAAGAUUUGCGUGAAGGAAUCGAGUCAGAAGAUUAUUCUAACGGUUUGCCCCAAUGAGAAGGCGGGAAUCGUGUGGUACGAUCAGUGCUUACUUCGGUACUCAGGGAGUAGUAGUGGAAAUUACGACUGGGGAAUGGAGUCGAUUUUUAACGGAAAUAAGGCGUCGUCGGGCCCGGAUAGGUUCGUUGAGGGAGUGAAGAGGUUGAUGGGGAGACUAAGAGAGGAGGCUGCUUCAGGGAAUCGGACUGAUCGUAAACUGGGGAAGGGGGAGAUAUCGGCUGGGAAUGAAACUGUGUAGGGGCUUGUGCAGUGCAUUCCCGACAUGUCGUCGGGGGAUUGCGAUAAGUGCGUAGGUGAGGGUUUGGUGCUGAUCUCUGAAGCGAGGAUGGAAGCAAGGAUAUUUAGGGGUGGGUGUGUUAUGAGAUAUGAAAACUAUACUUUCUUUGAUCCGACGCCCAAUGGUUUUCCCUCCUCAUCUCCUCUCCCAACACCAGGUACUGAUACUCUACUUCUUGCACUUCAUGGGAAUUUGAAAGUGAAAGGGACGUUGGGAUCCGAUUUGAGGAUGUAAUCGGAGUCAAACUAGGGGAUUGAUUUGGCCUUUUUUCGUCUCUAACUCUUAGUCCUGUAAAACAAAUUAAUGACCAACCCACCAAAAACAACUUAACAACUCACUUUAUAUAUGCA